CAAAAAGAUAAGUACUCUUUAAUUUUCAUAUUAUUUAUUUUUAUUUAAAUUAAUUUUUUGUCGGGCGAGCAUCACACUAUCACGCACUUAUGAUCAAAUACCUAGUAGAGUGUGGCUUGAGACCCAUCACUAGGAUUUAAAGCCCUGACUCCUCAGGCACAAAGCCCUGUCUCCUCAGGCACAAAGCCCCGACCAAGUCGGGCAUGAAGACAAAACCCCGACCAAGUCGGGUAUGAAGACCGGUCUUAGUCAUUCUUCGAGUGGCGACCGUUGCUUACGAAUGGCUCACACAUCCAUUCUACUAAGUAUUUUAUCAUUACAUAAACAAUUCACAUCUCCACUUGUUUCAAGUGACGAACUCCCGAUCGGGAACAUAAAUCCCAAGAAAAUUUUUUAUAUGUAUGAUAAAUGUGUAGGUACGAAGAUGACUUUACUCAUUUUCACCUCGUCUCCACUCGCCUCAAAGAGUGGGGACUGGGGGACUGAGGGGUCAGAGUUUCUAGAUGAGCAGAAAACAUCACGCAAGAGCAGGAACGAGAGCUGAGUCAGUUGAAGAGGAGCUGAGUUAGAUUGAUUAUGCCGGAGGGGAUUUACCUUCCUUGUUUCAUGUUGGGGGCGCUAGGUGUACUCUUUUUCCCUUUAUUAGGAUUUUUUCCCACUGGGUUUUUCCUAGUAAAGGUUUUUAACGAGGCACCUCCCCAUAAUGGACAAGGGUGGUGGUCCCCCGGCCGAAGAGGAAGAACGUUGCAGAUACAGUUUGGACUACUCCCUUUCGCCUCGAGUACUCUCGACUCAGGGAGUGGGGGACUCCUGAUGGAUUAUAUGGACUCCGACCCCCCGGUAUGCCGACUACUGGGUCCGGACAGCGGCCUACACACGUUUAGCGGAUAUCAUUAAUAUUAUUGUACAUUAUUAUUAUUAUUAUUCAGAUGUUCUAAAUUAGCUUUUUAUACUAUCAGUCCAUUUAUGUAACCGGGUCUGUCAGGCCCAUAUUAGAGGCCCAGACCCGGAUUUUCCCUAUAU